AUGGGGAUUUUGGCUGAAGGCAUGGCAUUCCACUCCAGCAUACCUGUGCCUCUGGAUAUAACUGUGGCCGUGGUCUACUCUGUUUUUGGGAUAUGUUCACUAUUUGGAAAUACUACAUUGCUGUAUAUCUCCUACAAGAAAAAACACCUUCUGAAACCUGCAGAGUAUUUCAUCGUCAAUCUCGCUGUUAGUGACCUGGGUCUCACCAUGUCACUUUAUCCCAUGGCCAUAACCUCAAGUUUCUACCACAGGUGGCUGUUUGGGAAAACAUUGUGUUCCUUAUAUGCAUUCUGUGGCAUGCUCUUUGGCCUCUGCAGUCUGACCACUCUAACCCUACUAAGCAUUGUCUGCUUUGUGAAAGUUUGCUAUCCCCUCUAUGGAAACAGGUUUAAGCCUCUUCAUGGCCAACUGCUCAUCGCCUGUGCUUGGGUUUAUGCACUGCUGUUUGCCUGCUCCCCACUGGUCCACUGGGGAGAGUACGGACCAGAACCCUACGGCACCGCCUGCUGCAUUGACUGGCGCUUGUCCAAUAAGCUUAGCAUAGCCCGCUCGUACACCGUAGCACUCUUUGUUUUCUGCUACAUCCUUCCAUGCUGUGUAAUUGUUGCAUCAUACACAGGCAUCCUGGUCACCGUGCAAACAUCCAGGAAGACCAUGGAGAAGCAUGCAUCAAGACAGACAAACAUGAGCAGCAUCCAGACAAUUAUAAUUAAGCUAAGUGUUGCUGUCUGCAUUGGCUUCUUUGCGGCGUGGAGUCCCUAUGCUGUCGUUUCCAUGUGGGCUGCCUUUGGAGAAAUAGAAGACAUCCCUCCUCUUGCGUUUGCAAUGCCUGCUAUGUUUGCCAAGUCAUCAACCAUCUACAACCCAAUCAUCUACCUUAUUCUGAGACCUAAUUUCCGCAGAAUCAUGUACAGGGACCUGGGUACAUUAUUUCAAAGAUGUCUGAAAGGAUGCCUCAUCUUCAAGGGCCAAACAAAGUGUUGCCCAAAACCAAACAUCAUGCUCAGACGUCACAUAGCCCACAGACAAACCAACCAGUUCCCCUUAUCUAUCUCCUCUACUCAGCCACCUCUAGUAAACCUAAAGGAUCUCAGGUGCCAGAGAUGUACGGACAGUUACGAAUGCUGCAAAAACUAUCCUCAGGUGUGUGGAAACACUAAUCUACCCACCAAUUCAGACUCAUCAAUCGAAAGAGAAACUCCAGUGUUACAAACAAUCGGUCAGAUGUGUGAGAAUGAGCCUUCUAAGAAGUCCCUAAUAGCCACCGUAAGGACUUCAGAUACAAACUAUUUCAAUAUCAGCUUUGAGAUGGCUCCAAGGUACAUGAAAGAGGCUUGGCCCUGA